GUUGCACAAACCCCGGCCUGCGUUGUUCCCAGUUGCUUUCUGUGACGACGCGGGAGGACUGUAGAGAUCUGCAGCCCUGAAGAGUCUGCUUUUUUCCUUUCACCCACUCUCCUCCUUCCAUCUCCCCAGUAAUAAAUCCCAACUUGGACACCCAGAAACUUUAUAAAGGGAUAUAGUUUGAUUCUGUGGAGUGUAAUUUUGUGUAUGAAGUAUAUUGUUAAAAUUUGAAGUGUUUUCAGAAAGAAGGCUAGUACUGCUACAUUAUGCAUAAGCUGUAAUCCUGUUGGUAAUACAAUAUUUUGUUAGCUAUUUGUGAUAGCAUUAGACAGGUCAAACAGUAGUUUGACAAAUUGCUCGCGCUUUCAUUGUAAAAUGAAUAAUAGAGGUCUGUGAUCCUCAAGUAAAAGAUAGGUUAUUUAAUUUUCAAAUGCAGCAAAAGUUUCUGCUGUGCAGCUUUUAUGGUUUACUAGUUUAUGGAGAUAAUAGCUUCCAUCCAUCAAGUAUAAUAAAGUGGUAUGCAAAGUUUGGAAGAAAGACAACAUAAUGGUGCUGUAGGAAAUGGAAACAGGUAAAUACUUAAGAAAAAUGGAAGAGUUAGCAGUUUGUGAACUUUAAAAUUCAUUUGAUGUAGUAUAACAGCCAUUUAGUUCAACAAAGCUUGUGGGUCUUGUGUUAACAUCCUCAGAGGUUGUUAACUGAAGCUGGUGUAACCCACUUAAGUAGAUGAUAAUAAGCUGUGUGAAAUUAGCCUGUAGGCAAUGUGACCCUCUGAACACUAAUUCUUGUUUACUAGGGUAAAACAAGAUACUUUUUCAUAUCAAGUGCUUAUAGAGAAAGAAGCCUGCCUAUACAUUUUUUCUUGCAGCAUAAUGAGUAAUUAGUCUAAUAUCUGUAGUUUGUAACCAAAAGCAAAGGCACAAUUUAGGUAUUUUAUCAUCCUUUAGAAUUUUAAAGCUUUAAAAUUACAAAGGGAUUACAAACCUUUUUCAAAUACACAAACUUCUUUUGAGCCAUUAGGAUAGGAUUAGACCAAUAUAUGACAAACCAGGCACUUGAGUUACCUAGAAGACUUAACUAUAAUCCCAAAGAAUACGAAAUACUAUCUUGGUAUUUUAGGAGAGAGAUUGAUCCCACCUGAGUGUAAACUGCAGCAUGAAUCCAGAAAAAGUAGAUGUAGUAAGUUUUACUUAAGUAGGAGCCUAUCAUUUGAUUCUGUUUUGUGGUUAAAAUCUAGUGUGAAGAAAUGAGAAAUUUCAUGUGAAGUUUUUUAGCUGUCAAGAAGUAAAAUCACUCAUGCACAAAACUACCUCCCAAAGACUUGUCAUAGGUUCUUCGUGUCAAAAAAUUAAGACUAUAAUGGAAGAUAGCACAGUCUUGUCAAAUUGGACAAAUGACAACAAACAGAAAAUGAAAUACGACUUUUCAUGUGAACUCUACAGAAUGUCUACAUAUUCAUCUUUUCCUGCUGGAGUUCCUGUCUCGGAAAGGAGUCUUGCUCGUGCAGGUUUUUAUUACACUGGUGUGAUUGACAAGGUCAAAUGCUUCUGUUGUGGCCUGAUGCUGGAUAACUGGAAACAAGGAGACAAUCCAAUUGAAAAGCAUAAACAGUUAUAUCCUAGUUGUAGCUUUAUUCAGAAUCUGCUUUCUGUUACUAAUCUGGAAUUCACCUUUAAGAAGAAUAAUUCUCUAGUGAGAACCAAUUCUGCACAUUCAUUAUCUCCCACUUUGGAACACAGUAGCUCAUCUAGUGGUUCUUACUCCAAUCUUUCACUAAACCCUAUUAAUUCUAGAACAGUUGAAGACUUCUCCCCAGUGAGGACCAACCCCUACAGUUAUGCUAUGAGUACCGAAGAAGCCAGAUUUCUUACUUAUCAUAUGUGGCCAUUAACUUUUUUGUCGCCAUCAGAAUUGGCCAAAGCAGGAUUUUAUUAUCUAGGGCCUGGAGAUAGGGUUGCCUGUUUUGCCUGUGGUGGGACGCUGAGCAACUGGGAACCAAAGGAUGAUGCUAUGUCAGAACACCGGAGACAUUUCCCCAACUGUCCAUUUCUGGAAAAUUCUCCAGGAGCACUAAGAUUUAGCAUUUCAAAUUUGAGCAUGCAAACACAUACAGCUCGACUGAGAACAUUUACCUACUGGCCAUCUAGUGUUCCAGUUCGGCCUGAACAACUUGCAAGUGCUGGCUUCUAUUGUGUGGGUCGUAAUGAUGAUGUCAAAUGCUUUUGCUGUGAUGGUGGACUGAGGUGUUGGGAAUCUGGAGAUGAUCCGUGGAUGGAACAUGCCAAGUGGUUUCCAAGGUGUGAAUUCUUGAUACGAAUGAAAGGACAGGAGUAUGUUGAUGAAAUUCAAGCUAGAUAUCCUCAUCUGCUUGAACAGUUGUUGUCAACUUCAGAUACUCCUGGAGAAGAAAAUGCUGAUCCACCAAUUAUCCAUUUUGGACCUGGUGAGAACCACGCAGAAGACACAGUCAUGAUGAACACACCCAUGGUUAAAGCUGCCCUGGAAAUGGGCUUCAGUAGAAGUCUGGUAAAGCAGACAGUUCAGAGUAAAAUCCUGUCAACUGGAGAGAAUUACAAAACAGUUAAUGAUAUUGUGUCAGCCCUUCUUAAUGCUGAAGAUGAAAAAAGAGAAGAGGAGAAGGAAAGACAAACAGAAGAGAGGGCAUCAGAUGAUUUGUCGUUAAUUCGGAGGAAUAGAAUGGCACUCUUUCAGCAGCUGACUUGUGUGCUGCCUAUUUUGGAUCACCUCUUAAAAGCUGAUGUAAUUAAUAAACAGGAACAUGAUGUUAUUAAACAAAAAACACAGAUACCUUUACAAGCAAGAGAACUGAUUGAUACAGUUUUAGUUAAAGGAAAUGCAGCAGCCAACAUCUUCAAAAACUGUUUAAAAGAAAUUGACUCUACAUUGUUUAAGAACUUAUUUGUGGAAAAGAAUAUGAAGUAUGUUCCAACGGAAGAUGUUUCAGGUCUGUCACUGGAGGAACAGUUGAGGAGGUUGCAAGAAGAAAGAACUUGUAAAGUGUGUAUGGACAAAGAAGUUUCUAUUGUGUUCAUUCCUUGUGGUCAUCUGGUAGUCUGCCAGGAAUGUGCCCCUUCUCUAAGAAAAUGCCCUAUUUGCAGGGGUAUAAUUAAGGGUACGGUUCGUACAUUUCUUUCAUAAAAGAUAAACAGGUUAUAUGUUUUGCCUGUUUAUAUAAAAGCCUUUGAAAAACUUGAGUAUUUUGAAGCCAUCUGAGGUAAUGGUUCUUUAGUUAGUAACAUUUGUGUUCCACACUGCUUGGUACUAGUAAUCUUAUUUAAUAGAAAUUACAUAGUCUAAUAUGUCAUAUUUAAUCUAAUCUCCUUAUAUGAAAGGAAAGAUAUAAGUUUCAUGAGUUAUAUUUGUGUAUAUGUGUGAAUGUUGGAGAAAUUUAAGGCCUAGUUUCAUUACUAUUAUGUGCCAUUUUACAAGUGACUUGAUUUUUUUUUCCUGAAACCUCUUCAGCAACUCUGGAGUUUAUCAGACUUAUGGUGCCAAAAUCUAUUUGAUGUUUUUCACUUGUGUUGUAAAAAAAGAAUUUUUCUCUUACUGGCAAAUAAGCUUUUCCCUGAUUUGUGAGACACAUAUUAAUAAAGUUCUUCAAAAAGACGAAAUCAUCAAAAACUUUUUCUCCUGCCUCAAAAAGUAUUUUCCAUAUAUCUUUAUGGGGUUAUAAGGAUUAAAUGACCUAAUAAUCAUAACCAUAGUACCUGUCACAUUGCAAACACAUUAUAGCUAUUAUAUUCAUAAAAUAAUUUUUUUAGUAAUGAGAUUUAUCAGGAUUUCUUUAGAUGAAUACUGUCUAGUUGCAUAUUAUAGAAAUAAAAUUAUAAAAAAAUUCUUAAAAUUAGGUAAACAUACAUUGGGAUUGUCAAAAGAUGAUACAGUUGGCUUGUUGCACAGGUGUUUGUGGGAUGAGGCAGAAUACAGCAACGGUAAGUGUCUCCUUUUUUGACCCUGUCAUAUUUGAUCUUAGGGAUCACUGGAAGACUUCCAAAGAUAAUGCAAUAAGGAGGUUUAAUAUUAGAAACUUCGUUUUUCUUCUUAUCCCAUAAGUCCUCUAGAAUUUUUUUUAGAAAAUACUCUGGAAAGAGUGAAAACCUCUCUAUCCUUCAGUCUCUCUCCUUGCCUUUGUUUCUUUAUUUCUGUCCUGGUGUGCUAAUGCAUUUAUAUAAUCCACAUGAAUAGACAUACAGGUGCAAGACCUCAUGGCAGUGAGAGGAAAUUUCUCCCUGCCAUUGUAGAAGGAAUGUGUAGUGGAAACUAAAUCUUUUUAGGAAAUAUUCUCUCAUUUUUCAUUCUCCUCAAUAAUAGCUAUUAUAUAUUGAGGAUCAUCUAUGAUGUGCCAGGCAUAAUGUUCUUUAAACAGUUGUUUUAAAAUUGUUCUUUAAACAAUUGAGAUGAGUUACAGGCUGAGAUAUGUUCCAUUCCCCCUGCCCCAUUCAAUAAAUUGAAAUCCUAAUCCCCAUUAUCUCAAAAUGUAUUUGGAGAUAAGUUUUCAAGAGGCAGUUAAGGUAAAAUGAGCUCAUAUGAGCCCUAAUCCAAUAUGACUGAUGUCUUAGCAAAGAAAUUAAAGAUCCAGACCUGAGAGGAUCUUGUGAAGAUUCCAGAGGAAGAUGGCCAUCAGUAAUUGAAGGUGAGAAGCCAAAACAGAAACCCAAUUUCUAGCAUCUUUAUAUUGGAAUUCACCAAAACUGAGGAUAUAUUUUGAUUGUUUAAGCCAUACAGUGUUAAUGCUUUGUUAUAGCAACUCUGGCAGGCUAGUACCACGUGCUAACAAUUUUGAAGCAUUUUCUAAUACUUUGCACAACUGUAAAAUGAAAACAUGAACUUGCUAACAUGAAAAGCUAACUUGCUAGCUUGUCCUUUUGGAUAAGUUGUCCUAUUAAACUGUAGUAAUAUUUUAAAUUGCCUGGUCUGCCAUCUGGCAUAAAAGCUAUUAUUUAUUGGAGAGUUUUGUUUGGCUUUAUUCAGAUAGUUUCAAUAAUGCCUUAGAAUUUCUGUCUUCCUUUCAGUAAAAAUAUUGUAUUAAGUAUAAGUAAAUGGUAAUAUUUUAGCCAUUUGCUGAAUUCUCAUAUCUGCCUAGAUCAGAAAGAGUAGGGUUUUUCAGUCUCUUACCCUUUUUGCCCUCCUACUGGAAAUUAGUGUCAUAACAUGGACUCCUCACAGGUGCAGGAGAGAUGCUUUGUUAGGCUUACUUAAAACUUAAAGCCCUAAGAGACAUGGUAUCCCUUAUUGUAAAUACAGAAAUUUAGACUCAGUGAAAUGUUGCAGUUGUUGAUAAGAGAUGGGCACUGUGAACUGUUUAUGAGAGUGGCUCCAAAAUACUUUUUAAAACUUUUAAUUUUUUAGUCACAUUUUGCUACUUUUCUACUUUGUUGAGAAAUAGUGUUUCUGUAUUUCUUUACCUUAUCAAAUAUGGGUGGAGCUGUAUAAUUAAUCACUUGCAUUCUCCAAAGCCAUUAUCAGGAAUAAAGGUGAUAUUUUCAUCUGUAUGUGAUAACUCUUUUCACAUACAAAAUUUCACUGCUCAGAAUUUAUGUUAAAAUGUGUUAUUGUUUCCUUGUUGGUCUGUUGGAAUUUGUGUGAUUAGCUUAGCAGAAAUGGAAAAACUAUGGUAAUAAUUGGAAAUUAUACUAGGUUCUUAUAUUUCUGGCUUGUUUUGGCCAGUGAUUGCACAGAGCUUUUCAUCCAUAGCCUCUGACAGUAAUAGGUAGUAAGUAAAUUCUCUUGUAAGCCACAUGAAUGUGUUGAUCACUGUGGUAGGAUGAAAAGAACCCUGGAUUUCAAGUCUAAAGUCUUUGCCUGUAGUCUAAGUCCUACCAUUUAAUAAAGUUUUUGACAUGCCCUUUAUGACUCUUAUGAUUCUCAUCUUUUCUAUGAGGGUAAGUUUCUAGUGUGGGAUUGUAUAUAACUGUGUGCAGGCUGUGCCAAUGACUGUCAGGAUAAACUUAGAUCACGGCAUCACAGGUGUGUUUUUUAACAGCCAGGUAAAAUUUGAGGAGAUACUUGUAAAAGAUCUAGACAAGGUAUGUAUGUCAAGUAAAACGUUUAACUCCUUAAUUUCUCCUUAAAUCUCCUCAGUGAUAUGUACUGGGUAUAUGAGUGUGAAUA